UCAAGAAACAGUGAAGGGAGGGUGCAUUGGAAUUUAGAAAAUCAACAUAUUUCGCACUCCGAGCGUUAAUUCCUUGUACUAGCUCUCGAUUUUCUAGGGUUUUUGAAGUCGAUGGCUUCCCCUACUCAUUUCGACGAUGACUUUGAUUUUGGAGGCGGAUUUGGCGGAACGCAUUCAGAAAUUGAUGCUAGAAGGAAUAAGAGAUCGUCUCCCGACUAUGACGAAGAAGAUUACGACAACGAUCCUUUCCGACACAAGAAGGCUAAAUCAAAAGCUGAAGAAGCUGCUUCUGGUGUCACAACCGGAAUGAUCUUGUCUCUUCGCGAGAGUCUUCAGAACAGUAAGGAUAUGCUUGCCACAUGUCAAAAUGAACUUGAGGCUGCAAAAUCUGAAAUUCAGAAAUGGCACUCUUCAUUUCAACAUGAACCUUUCAUACCUUCUGGGACCACUGCAGCACCCAAAUUUGUGAUUAAUUAUCUUCAAGCUCUGAAAUCAUCUGAAGAGUCUUUAAGAGAGCAGCUCGAAAAGGCAAAGAAAAAGGAAGCCGCAUUCAUUGUAACGUUUGCGAAACGUGAACAAGAGAUAGCAGAGUUGAAGUCUGCUGUACGGGACCUGAAAGCUCAGCUCAAGCCGGCAUCAAUGCAGGCAAGGAGGUUGUUACUAGAUCCAGCUAUUCAUGAAGAGUUUACACGAUUAAAGAAUUUAGUUGAAGAAAAGGACAAAAAAGUAAAGGAGUUGCAAGAUAACAUUUCUGCUGUAAAUUUUACUCCUCAAAGCAAGAUGGGGAAGAUGCUGAUGGCUAAGUGUAGAACCCUGCAGGAGGAAAAUGAGGAGAUUGGGAAUCAAGCUUCUGAGGGCAAGAUGCAUGAAUUAGCAUUGAAACUUUCAUUGCAAAAAUACCAGAAUGCAGAACUCAGAAGUCAAUUUGAAGGGUUGCAGAAGCAUAUGGAUGGAUUGACGAAUGAUGCAGAAAGAUCCAAUGAAAUGAUUCUUAUGUUGCAAGAUAAAUUGGAAGAUAAGGAUCAGGAGAUUCAAAGACUGAAAGAUGAGUUGCAACAAAAAAGCUUCAUGGAGGACGAGAGAACAGAUGCAGCAUCUAAUAGGAAAGAUAUUGAUGAAAUCAUUCCUGCCGAAGAUGCUAGCUAAUAUCGGUAACGGUUGGUUCAUUGUUUAGUUGCAACAAAAAAGCUUCAUGGAGGACGAGAGAACAGAUGCAGCAUCUAAUAGGAAAGAUAUUGAUGAAAUCAUUCCUGCCGAAGAUGCUAGCUAAUAUCGGUAACGGUUGGUUCAUUGUUUAGUUCUUAAGGAUAGUUGUAUAUUCUUGUAUUAAAUUCAAUUUAUAAUUCGAAUUUUUCUUGUCAAAUGUGCAAUUGUGAAUGUGCACGAGGAAUGGUUUUGCUGCUGCCCAGUACGUAUGGGGGAUUACAGUCCUCGUUGCUUCUA